CGUAGAAACUUCGUUAAGAAACUAUCCGUGUUCUGUGCCGGAACUGAAUGAUGAUGAAUAACAAUAGUUCUGAGAUACUGCAUUCCGCCUACCUUGCUGUAGAAUACAUUGACUCCUUGCUGCCUGAGAAUCCACUACAGGAACCGUUUAAAAAUGCUUGGACCUAUAUGCUGGACAAUUACACUAAAUACCAGCUUGCAGUUUGGGGUUCACUUCUCGCUCACGAAUUUUUCUUUUUUUUAAUAUGCUUACCUGGAUUUGUAUUUCAAUUUAUACCUUAUAUGAAAAAAUAUAAAAUACAACAGGAUAGACCAGAAACAUGGGCAGGACAAUGGAAAUGUUUCAAAACACUUAUGUUCAAUCACUUUUGUAUUCAGCUGCCUCUCAUAAUGGGUACCCAUUAUUUCACUGAAUAUUUUAAUAUUCCUUUUGACUGGGAAACGAUGCCAAGAUGGUUUGUGAUACUUGCUCAGUGUUUUGUUUGUGCUGUGAUUGAUGAUACCUGGCAUUAUUUCCUGCAUCGACUACUUCAUCAUAAGAGAAUAUAUAAAUACAUCCACAAAACGCAUCAUGAAUUUCUA